GGCACGCUCAGACGCACAUUGACUUGUAGCAGCUCCCCAGCGCUUCCUCACGCAAGAUGCCACUUUCGAGCAGCUCCACAUCCUCGUCCAAGAGCAUCCGCAGAGCAGCAUCCGAACUGGAAAGGUCUGACUCCAUUACGUCACAGCGCUUCUUAGGACGACGGCAGAGCUUGAUCGAUGAUGCACGAAAGGAGCGCGAGGCAGCCGCAGCAGAGGCUGCAGAGGCCAGCGAGCAAAUAGUGUUCGAAGAGGACGAUGGAAAAGCCCUUGUCAACCUCUUCUUCACUUUAGCCAGCAACAAGACGCCUGUGCUUUCGAAGACUCUCAAAGUGUUUGAGACAUUCGAAGCAAAGAUCCAUCAUCUGGAGACGCGACCAUGUCGCAAGCCCAAGGACAGUCUGCACAGCCUGGAGUAUUUUGUCCGCUGUGAGAUGCACGUCUCCGACGUCAGCACUCUUAUCAGCUCAAUCAAAAGAAAUGCGGAAGACGUCAAGACCACCAAAGAAGUCAAAUUUCACUGGUUUCCAAAGAAAAUAGCAGAUUUGGAUAAAUGUCACCAUCUGAUCACCAAAUUUGAUCCAGACUUGGAUCAUGAUCAUCCCGGCUUCACAGACCCCGUCUAUAGACAGAGGAGGAAAAUGAUUGGAGACAUUGCCUUUGGAUACAGACACGGAGCGACGAUUCCCAGGGUGGAAUAUAUGGAUGAGGAAAUUGCUACUUGGAGGGAAGUCUACUCGACUCUGAGGGACUUGUACAGCACGCAUGCCUGUAGUGAGUACCUUGAGGCCUUGCGUCUCCUGGAAAGGCAUUGUGGCUAUAGUCCAAACAACAUUCCCCAGCUGGAAGAUGUGUCCCGCUUCCUUAAAGAGCGCACUGGCUUUCUGCUGCGUCCAGUGGCAGGUCUCCUUUCGGCAAGAGAUUUCCUGGCAAGUUUGGCGUUCCGGGUGUUUCAGUGCACCCAGUACAUCCGACAUGGCUCGUCUCCUAUGCAUUCCCCAGAGCCCGACUGCGUCCACGAACUUUUAGGCCACGUCCCCAUGCUGGCAGACCGCACAUUCGCACAGUUUUCCCAGAAUCUUGGCCUGGCAUCACUGGGUGCUUCGGAUGAAGAUAUUGAAAAACUAUCCACACUGUACUGGUUCACUGUGGAGUACGGCCUGUGCAAGCAAAAUGGUGAAGUGAGGGCUUAUGGCGCCGGACUGCUUUCUUCUUACGGAGAACUUGUGCACUCUCUCUCCGAUGAACCAGAAACGAGAGCGUUUGAUCCAGAAGCUGCGGCAGUGCAGCCCUACCAAGACCAGACCUACCAGCCCGUCUACUUCAUUUCAGAGAGUUUUUCUGAUGCAAAGGAAAAAUUCAGGGCAUUUGUUGCUGGAAUCCACCGUCCCUUCUCAGUGAAGUUCGAUCCCUACACCAGUAGCAUUGAAGUCCUGGACAACCCCUUGAAGAUCCAAGGAAGCUUGGAAGGAGUGAAGGAUGAAUUGAAGAUGCUGACGGAUGCCCUAGGUGUUUUGUCCUGAAAAUGGACCCUUGACCUUCUUGUCUUCCCACCCCACCUUGCUGUUGUUUGCUUGCUCUCUGCUGUGCUCUGCAACACCCAAAGUGUGACAAACCUUGUGUUUUUGGUGCCUCCACUCCGAUGGAGUUUAGAAUGAAAAUCUGAUCUUCUAGAAGCUGGCCAAAAAAAAGACUGCAACCAUUUCAACCUCAAUGUCAACACUUAAGAUGAUGUUUCCAAAGAUGUUCAGUGCCUCUUGUGGUGUCGAGGCAGCUAUGGCCAUACAGUCUGUUAAGGAAAAAAGUGUCGUGUUGAAACUCAAAUGUAAUGUAAAUCAAAAUCAAAGACGUACGUAUAUAAGAAAAGAGUAUGGUUUGAUUAUUUUACAAUCAGCAACAUAUACAUUCAGCAUCUACUAGAGAAAGUUGAUGCUGUAUAAAAUCAAAUCAUAUUGUAUCACCUGUGUCUGCUGUAUGACAAAUGCUAUGUGAAUUAAGUAUUUCAGAUAUUUUUAUUUAAGAUAGUCAAUGUAUUUUUAUUUAAGAUAGUCAAUGUAUUUUUUCCAUUUAUGUGUUGAGUGUCAAUGCGUGAUUAAGAAAAUAAAACCACAUG